UUUAUAGCCGUGUAAUCGCCAUUUUCAUGUAAAUUCUUGUAAAUGCUUCAUGUAAAACGGUAUAUAUCGUACUUUUUAUCAAAAUUUAUGCAUUCUGAUUGGGUUACUGAAAAUGUGGACAAACUUGUUGAUUGGUGUAAAACGAAAUUCCCCCUUGUUUAUCGAGAGUCGAGACAGUACGUCGUGUGCACUCCACACACUAAAGAUCUGAGAACACAUGAGAGUAUUAACGCUAAACGGCUUCAAAAAUACUUGGAAAUAUGGAAUGGAAGUAUACCAGAAUUCGCUAUUUUUGCGAUGGAUUGGCUUUUAAAAAGAUUCAGCCAUUCUCCUAUUACCUUGCGAAGUCGCCAUAUCUUGGAGUUGAACGGCUAUGCUGUAAAGCAACUGAUUCUGACUUCGUAUCAAAAUAUAGCACACCUUUAAAAAGGAAAAUUUGAUAU